AUGAAGAAACCAGAUUUAUCUAAGAAAUCCAAAUGCCAAAUGUUCCAAACAAAGGUAGAGCUCUUAGGAUUCAAGAUCGGUAAUGGAAAAACAUUCGCACAAUCCAACAAGAUCGACGCCAUAGUAUCGUUUCCACUACCAACAACCGUCAAGAACCUCAAACGUUUCCUAGGACUAACCAAUUACUACAGAAAUAGAGUACCAAAUUAUGCACGAAUCGCCGCUCCACUAUACGACCGAACCAAAGAGAAAGGUACCAUCGAGGAUUAA